AUGCUGCGCUUGGUCAGCCGCGCUGCGCGCUGCUGGGGGGCAAAGCGGGCACCCCCGGGGCCGGAGCGGGCACCCUGGGGGGCACAGCCCCCCGCGGCCGUGCAGAGGGCAUGCCUCUCCAGUGCUGCGGGGACGGGCACCUGGCCCAAGGACGUGGGUAUCCUGGCCAUGGAGGUUUACUUCCCUGCCCAGUACGUGGAGCAGGAGGAGCUGGAGAAGUACGAUGGUGUCGAGGCUGGCAAGUACACGCGGGGCUUGGGCCAACAGCAGAUGGGUUUCUGUGCUGCCCACGAGGACAUCAACUCCCUGUGCCUGACGGUGGUGCAGCGGCUGGUGGAGCGCGGGCGCCUGUCCUGGGAUGCCAUCGGCCGCCUGGAGGUGGGCACCGAGACUGUCAUCGACAAGUCCAAGGCUGUCAAGACUGUCCUCAUGCAGCUCUUCCACGACUCGGGCAACACUGACGUGGAGGGCAUCGACACCACCAACGCCUGCUACGGGGGCACUGCCUCCCUCUUCAACGCAGCUGCCUGGGUGGAGUCCAGCGCCUGGGAUGGUCGCUACGCCGUGGUGGUGUGCGGGGACAUCGCCGUCUACGCCACGGGGAACGCGCGGCCCACAGGAGGUGCCGGUGCCAUCGCCAUGCUGGUGGGACCCAACGCCCCGCUGGUGCUGGAGAGAGGCCUGCGGGGAACCCACAUGGAGCAUGCUUAUGACUUCUACAAGCCAGACCUGUCCUCAGAGUACCCAGUGGUGGAUGGGCAGCUCUCCAUCCAGUGCUACCUGCGUGCUCUAGACCGCUGCUACGCCGUGUACCGACGGAAGGCAGAGAGCCAGCAGCAGCAGGCCGGUAUCCAGCGGCCCUUCACCCUCGACGACUUCAAGUACAUCAUCUUCCACACGCCCUUCUGCAAGCUGGUGCAGAAGUCAGUGGGACGGCUGCUGCUGAAUGACUUCUUGGCCUCCCCCAACCCUGACACAGCCUCUGGCCUCUACAAGGGGCUGCAGUCCUUCCGUGGCUUGAAGCUGGAGGACACCUACACCAGCAAGGAUGUGGAGAAAGCAUUCCAGGUGGCCAGCCAGGAGAUCUUCAACCAGAAGACCAAGCCCUCCCUGCUCCUCUCCUCCCGCAAUGGCAACAUGUACACGCCAUCCAUGUACGGCUGUCUGGCCUCCCUCCUGGCACAGUAAGUCCCCCAAACUGGCUCAGGGUUGAGGGGAUUUAUUUUGGGGAAGGCAGUCCUUCGCCCAGCUGGCCCAGGGAGCAGGCUCCAGCAUUCAUCCCCCUCUACUGCCGCCCUGCCGGCUCGCCUGGAUGCCCGCAAGCGCGUGGCCCCAAAGGACUUUGCCGAGAUCAUGAAGCAGCGGGAGGAGACCCAUCACCUGGCCAACCAUGCUCCCCAUGGCUCCCAGGCGGAUCUCUUCCCUGGCACCUGGUACCUGACACGGGUAGAUGCCAAGUACCGCCGGGAAUAUGCCAGGAAGCCUAUCUAG